AUGGACGCGCACACAUUCUGGCUUUGGAAGUGCACCCUGUUGUUACACGCGUCCUCCUUCGGAUGCUUUGACCUCCACGUUUCGGAGACCCUGCGCUCGGGAUUCGCGCUGGCAAACGUCUCCGUCGGACCCGGUUGGAUUUACAGCGUGGACCGAGCCUUGACCCCCGGCUACGCGCGCUCCGUGCUGGGUGUCGAGCGGCACGACGGGGUCGUCUAUCUCUCCGGGGAGCCGGACUGCGCGCGUUUGCCCGGGAACCCCGUCCCGCUCUACGUGCGCCUCCGACACCUCGCCUCGGACGACUUCGCGCUGAUGCGGUUCAGCGCGUUUCUGCACGGACGCCGCUGUCGGAGCAAGCGCCGGAGAGGCAGGCGCCCCCGGGGAGAGUCGGACGUGUACGUGAACGUUCGCUCCAAGUUGGUGCCAUCUCGUUGCCUCCCGGCGGACUUGGCGUCGUUGGACGUCUACGGACGCUUACCUCGUUCCCUCCGCUCCACCCGCCAUUUACGUUCACCCUGCAAAGUAGCGGGGCAUGGAACCACCGCUUCCGGCAGUUCUGGUAACGCAUGUCUGCGGUCCGAUGAGCGGGGCGAGUUGGAUGUCAUAUGCCAGGUGGGGGACGCUGGGAACGCCGCCUUUACUGCGCGCCUCAAACUGCGACCCGUCGGUCGUGGGGGUGUUGCAAAAAGUGCCCGUUUGGGGGUUCGGCGCAAAAAGAGGGCGGUGAACGCGGCGCCCCAGUUCCAGCUGCCGAACUACCAGGUGUCCGUGCCCGAGAACGAGCCCGCGGGGACGCGCGUCAUCACGCUCAAGGCGCUGGAUGCGGAUGACGGCGACGCCGGCAGGCUGGAAUACGACAUGGAGGCCCUGUUUGACAGCAGGUCCAACGAUUACUUCCAGAUCCACUUGGAGACCGGCAGCAUUACAACGCUGCAGCCGCUGGACAGGGAGAUAAAGGACACGCACGUCUUCAAAGUUAUCGCCACAGACGGUGGCAAACCCAAGAGGUCUGCCACCGCCUAUCUGACCAUCACCAUCAGUGACACCAAUGACCACAGCCCCGUGUUUGAGCAGACCGAGUACAGGGUCAGCAUCAGGGAAAACGUGGAAGUGGGUUUUGAGGUUUUGACCAUCAGGGCUACAGAUGGCGACGCGCCCUCCAAUGCCAACAUGAUAUACAAGAUUGUCAACGAGAAGGACGACAAGGGGGGCUUUGAAAUCGACCGCAGGAAUGGGCUUGUUAAAAUCAGAGUUAGGCCAGACAGAGAGACCUUGUCCCAGUAUCAGCUAAUAGUUGAGGCAAAUGACCAGGGGAAAGAUCCGGGCCCCCGUAGUGCCACAGCUACGGUUUACAUCUCUGUGGAGGACGAGAAUGACAACUACCCUCAGUUUAGUGAGAAAAGGUACGUGGUUCAGGUGUUGGAGAAUGUGGCUGUGAAUACCAGAGUGGCUCAGGUGCAAGCCACAGACAAGGACGAGGGUAAUAAUGCGAAAGUUCAUUACAGCAUCAUCAGUGGCAAUGUCAAGGGCCAGUUCUAUAUUCAUUCCCCCACAGGGGUAAUCGAUGUCAUCAACCUGCUGGAUUAUGAGACGAUCAGGGAAUAUAACUUGCGCAUUAAGGCACAGGAUGGAGGUAGGCCUCCUCUCAUCAAUGGCACAGGGCUGGUGGUGGUUCAAGUCGUGGAUGUGAAUGACAAUGCCCCCAUGUUUGUCAGCACGCCAUUCCAGGCCACUGUACUGGAGAACGUUGCUGUUGGCUACUCUGUGAUCCACAUCCAGGCUAUCGAUGCAGACUCUGGUGACAACUCUCAUCUGGAGUACAGACUGACUGACACGGCCCCAGGCUUUCCUUUCACUAUCAACAACAGCACUGGGUGGGUCACUGUGUGUGUUGAGCUAGAUAGGGAAGCAACUGAGUUUUAUACCUUUGGGGUGGAAGCAGUGGAUCACGGUGUCCCUGCUAUGUCAUCCUCAGCAAGUGUCAGCGUUACCGUUCUAGAUGUGAAUGACAAUGUUCCGACAUUUACUCAGAAACUGUAUAACUUAAAGAUCAAUGAGGAUGCCGCUGUGGGGACCAGUGUUCUGACGCUCACGGCCAUUGACCGAGAUGCCAACAGUGUCGUGACCUAUCAAAUCUCAAGUGGCAACACAAGGAACAGGUUCUCCAUCACGAGUCAGAGUGCCGGAGGAAUCAUCACCUUGGCGCUGCCGCUGGAUUACAAGCAGGAGCGCCAAUAUGUUCUGACUGUUACCGCCUCAGAUGGGACAAGGCAGGAUACAGCACAGGUCUACAUCAACGUCACUGACGCUAACACCCACCGGCCUGUGUUCCAGAGCGCCAACUACCAGGUAAUGCUCAGUGAGGACCGUCCCGUUGGUUCCACUGUGGUCAUUAUCAGUGCAACAGAUGAAGACACCGGAGAGAAUGCACGCAUCAGUUACCUCAUGGAGGACAAUGUACCACAGUUCAAGAUCCACCCUGACACAGGUGCCAUAACCACACAAAUAGAGAUUGACUAUGAGGAUCAGGCCUCAUACACGUUAGCAAUUAUUGCCCGGGACAAUGGCAUUCCUCAGAAAUCUGACACCACGUAUGUGGAGAUCAUCGUUCUGGACGCUAAUGACAACACACCUCAGUUUCUUCAUGAUAUUUACCAGGGGACCGUCUUUGAAGAUGCAGCGGUCUAUACGAGUGUGCUCCAGAUCUCUGCCUCUGACCGAGACUCUGGCUCCAAUGGUAGAGUCAGCUAUAGCUUCCAGGGUGGAGAUGAUGGAGAUGGGGACUUUUUCAUUGAACCUUAUUCUGGCAUCAUCAGAACAGCAAGGAAACUGGACCGGGAGAAUGUGCCGACCUACAAUCUCAAGGCCUUUGCUGUGGACAAGGGUGUACCCCCGCUCAAAGCGGCGGUGGAGAUCCAGGUGUCCGUCCUGGAUAUCAACGACAAUGCGCCUGUGUUCGAAAAAGAUGAAAUGUAUGUCUAUGUGGUGGAAAACAGUCCUGUGGGCUCCAUUGUGGCACGCAUCACUGCCACAGACCCUGAUGAGGGAACCAAUGCACAAAUUCUGUUCCAGAUAGUGGAGGGGAAUGUUCCUGAAGUCUUCCAGUUGGAUAUUUUUAAUGGAGAUCUCAUCGCGCUUACAGACUUAGAUUACGAGUCCAAAAUGGAAUACACCAUCAUCGUACAGGCGACCUCAGCUCCACUGGUUAGCCGGGCUGUUGUUCACAUCCAACUGCUGGAUUUAAAUGACAAUGGCCCUGUCCUACAGGAUUUUGAGAUCAUUUUCAACAACUAUGUCACCAACAGGUCCAACAGUUUUCCUACAGGUGUGAUUGGAAAGGUGCCGGCUCAGGACCCAGAUGUGUCUGAUAAACUCCAUUACAGCUUUGCUGAAGGUAAUGAGCUGCAUCUGCUGAUCCUGAAUCAGGACACCGGUGAGCUCAAACUGAGCAGGGACCUGGACAACAACAGACCUCUUGAGGCCACCAUGAAAAUUGAAGUCACCGAUGGCCUCCAUCACAUCACAGCGCUUUGCACCUUGCGUGUCACCAUCAUCACAGAUGAUAUGCUGACCAACAGCAUUACGGUCCGCCUGGAAAACAUGUCCCAGGAGCGCUUCCUGUCUCCGUUGCUGUCCCUCUUCGUGGACAGUUUGGCGGCGGUCCUCUCCACCAGCCGGGACGACGUUUUCGUCUUUAACAUCCAGAACGACACACAUGUUCAGGGAAGCAUCCUCAAUGUGACGUUCUCUGCUCUUCAGCCCCCCGGGGCAGAGCACCCCAAUGACCUUUGGGGCUCCAGGGGUUCAAAUGCCCCAGAGCGAUUUUUCCCCUCUGAAGCUCUACAGGAGCAGAUUUACCUUAAUCGGACGCUGCUCGCCCUCCUGUCCACCCAGCGGGUGCUGCCGUUUGAUGACAACAUCUGCUUGCGAGAGCCCUGUGAGAAUUACAUGAAGUGCGUGUCCGUGCUGCGGUUUGACAGCACGGCGCCGUUCGUGACAUCUGACAGGGUGCUGUUUAGGCCAAUUCACCCUGUGGCCGGGCUGAGGUGUCGCUGUCCGACGGGCUUCACAGGAGACUACUGUGAGACGGAGAUUGACCUGUGUUAUUCCUCACCCUGUCAGAAUAAUGGCAAGUGUCGCACCCGGGAGGGAGGUUUCACCUGCGAGUGUCCGGAGAACUUCACAGGAGAGCACUGCGAAAUGAACUCCCAGUCCGGUCGAUGCGUGCCCGGAGUCUGUAAGAACGGGGCCAAGUGUGUGGACCUGCUGGUGGGGGGCUUCAUGUGCCAGUGCCCCCCGGGGGAGUACCAGAAGCCCUACUGUGAGAUGACCACCCGCAGCUUCCCGGGACGGUCCUUCAUUACCUUCAGAGGCCUGCGCCAGAGGUUCCACUUCACCGUCUCAUUCAGGUUUGCUACCAGAGAGAGGAAUGCACUGCUUCUGUACAACGGCAGGUUCAAUGAGAAGCAUGACUUCAUGGCCAUAGAGAUCACUGAGGAACAAGUGCAGCUCACCUUCUCUGCAGGAGAGACCAAAACCACAGUAUCGCCCUUCAUCCAGGGUGGGGUCAGCGAUGGUCAGUGGCACAUGGUACAGCUUCACUACUACAACAAGCCAAACAUCGGUCGCCUUGGCAUCCCCCAUGGUCCCUCGGAAGAGAAGGUGGCGGUUGUCGCCGUUGACGACUGUGACGUUGCCAUGGCGAUUCGUUUUGGUGGCCAGAUCGGGAACUACUCUUGUGCGGCGCAAGGCACACAAACGGGGCAAAAGAAAUCCUUGGACCUGACGGGGCCGCUGCUCCUCGGUGGCAUUCCCGACCUACCCGAGGAUUUCCCGGUCAAGAGCCGGGACUUUGUGGGCUGCAUCAAAGACCUGGCCGUCGACGGCGAGCCUGUGGACAUGGCCCGCUUCAUCGCCAACAAUGGCACCGCUGCAGGGUGUUUAGCGAAGAAGGACCACUGUAUGGACGUGAAUUGUCAGAAUGGAGGAGUGUGUGUCAACAAGUGGAGCACAUACGUCUGUGACUGUCCGCUGGGGUAUGGGGGCAAGAACUGCGAACAAGUCAUGCCCUCCCCUCAGCACUUUGAUGGGCACUCCCUGGUGUGGUGGCGUGAGCAGGAAGUGACCAUUGCCAUUCCCUGGUACCUGGGGCUGAUGUUCAGGACCCGGCAGAGCUCUGGGACUUUGCUGCAGGCCAACGCCGGGGACUUCUCCAGAGUACACCUCCUGCUCAGCAGCAGACACGUGCGGUUUCAGGUGUUUCUGGGGGUGAAGCGCGUGGCUGUGCUGGACUUCCCUCAGAUACGGGUCAACGACGGCGAGUGGCACCACAUCCUGGUGGAGCUCAGGAGCAUCAAGGAUGGCAAGGACAUCAAGUACAUGGCCUUGGUUUCGCUGGACUACGGCAUGUUCCAGAGGUCAGUAGAGAUUGGCAACGAGCUCCCCGGCCUCAGGUUAAGGAGUCUGUUUGUUGGAGGCCUGAUGAAGAAGGAUGGCACUGUGAUGAAUGGCUUGAAAGGCUGCAUACAGGGGGUGCGUAUGGGGGAGACCUCCACCAAGCUGGCCAACGUGAACAUGCAUCAGGGGCAGAAGAUCAGGGUGGAGGAGGGCUGUGAGGUGGCCGACUCCUGCACCUCCCACGUCUGUCCGCAGCACAGCCGCUGCACCGAUAACUGGGGCUCCCACACCUGCGUCUGUCAGCCUGGGUACUUUGGGAAGGACUGUGUGGACGCCUGUCUCCUGAACCCCUGUCAGCAUGUGUCCUCCUGUGUCCGCCAACCCAGCUCCACCCAUGGUUACUCAUGCCAAUGUGGCAGCAAUUAUUAUGGGGAGUACUGUCAGCACAGAGCGAACUUUCCCUGUGCACGCGGCUGGUGGGGGAAUCCCGUCUGCGGUCCUUGUAACUGCGAUGUCUCCAAGGGCUUCUACCGAGACUGCAACAAGACCACCGGGGAAUGUCGCUGCAAGGACAACUAUUUCCGUCCUAAGGACAGCGACACCUGCUACCCCUGUGAAUGUUUCCAAUCGGGGGCAGUGUCUCGAACCUGUGACCCCCACACCGGUCAGUGCCAGUGUCGGACGGGGGUCAUCGGGCGCCAGUGCAACCGCUGUGACAACCCGUAUGCCGAGGUCACCUCCAGUGGCUGCACUGUUGUGUAUGAGGGCUGCCCCAAGGCUUUUGAUGCAGGGAUCUGGUGGCCGAGGACACAGUUUGGUCAGCCUGCAGCCAUGAAGUGCCCCAAAGGCUCCACUGGCACAGCUGUCCGCCACUGCAGCGAGGAGCUCAGCUGGCUUCCGCCUGACCUCUUCAACUGCACCUCUCUGAGCUUCUCCCACCUUAAGAAGGAGGAAGAAGCGCUGCAUCUCAAUGGGUCACAGAUGGAUGGUGAGAGAUCAAGGGGUUUGGCGAACAUGCUGUGGAUCACCACUAACCAGACGACGGCUCUCCACGGCAGUGACGUGAAGACAGCCUAUAGCCUGCUGAGCCGUCUCCUGCAGUAUGAAAGCCUGCAGAAGGGUUUCGACAUGGCCGCCACGAGAGAUGUGCAGUUCCAUGAGAACGUUGUCCGGGCAGCCAGUGCCAUCUUGAACCCAACUAACGGCAUCCACUGGCACUCGAUCCAGCGGACGGAAGGCGGGACCACUCUUUUACUGCGGAGUUUCGAGGAGUACGCUCAGAACUUGGCUCAGAACAUGAAGAAGACCUACAUGAAACCCUUCACCAUCAUUUCUGACAACAUGAUUUUCAGUGUGGAUUACCUGGACCCCACCAGUUCAGAGAUGAGGACGAUGCCCCACUUUUCUGAGAUCCAGGCCGCCCUUCCCAGUGACCUCCAGUCAUUUGCACUCUUUCCAGAAUUUCUCUUGCAGACAGAUGACGUCAAAAGUACACCAGUGACAGUUUCCAUGGGGAUGACCACUGAUUCGCCCCGCGCCCGGACCGAUAUCACUGCCGAAGGCCGCACUGAAUCACCUCCCGCAGAGCUUCCUACUGCGUCUGUGAAGAGGAGGCGCCAUGCAGAGAUCCCGGGACCUCUCCCAGUUGCAGUGGUGAUUGUCUACAGGACUCUGGGAGAUCUUCUGCCAGAGACCUACGAUCAUGAUCGCAGAAGCCUGAGAUUACCCAACAAGCCCACUAUAAACACCCCCGUCGUGAGCACGACGGUAUACAACCAGGGUUUCCCUCUGAGCGCCCCCCUGGGGGAACCCGUCACCCUGCAGUACAGACUGCUGGAGACGCAGGAGAGGACCAAGCCAGUCUGUGUCUUCUGGAAUCACUCCAUAGCGGUUAAAGGAACCGGUGGCUGGUCUGCUAAGGGCUGUGAGCUGCUUGACAGGAAUUACACCCACAUCACCUGCCAGUGUACCCACACAUCCAGCACUGCUGUGCUCAUGGAUAUCUCCAAGAGAGAGCAUGGUGAGGUCCUUCCACUGAAGCUCAUCACCUAUACUACAGUCUCAGCCUCACUGGUGGCCCUCCUCAUCACCUUUCUUCUUCUGGCCAUACUCCGAAAGCUACGCUCCAACCUGCACAGCAUUCACAAGAACAUGGUGGCCUCCAUCUUCCUCUCGGAGCUGGUCUUCCUCAUUGGAAUCAACCAAACUGAGAAUGCGUUUAUUUGUACAGUGGUGGCCAUCCUGCUCCACUACUCUUACAUGUGCACGUUCGCCUGGAUGUUCGUGGAGGGCCUCCACAUCUACCGCAUGCUGACCGAGAUCCGCAACAUCAACCAGGGACACAUGAGGUUCUACUACGCUAUUGGCUGGGGCAUCCCCGCCAUCAUCACCGGUCUAGCGGUGGGCUUGGACCCUCAGGGCUAUGGAAACCCAGACUUCUGCUGGUUGUCUGUCCAUGAUACCCUCAUCUGGAGCAUCGCAGGACCCAUAGCCAUCAUAGUUAUGGUUAACAUUGCCAUAUUCUUCCUGGCAGCCAAAGCCUCCUGUGGCAAAAGACAUUGGACAUUUGAGAAGUCAGGAGCCAUCUCGGCCCUGCGGUUGGCCUUCCUCCUUUUGCUGCUCCUUUGCGCCACCUGGCUGUUGGGGCUCAUGGCAGUCAACAGUGAUGUCAUCUCCUUCCACUACCUCUUCGCCAUCUUCAGCUGCCUUCAGGGCAUAUGUAUUUUCCUUUUUCACUGUAUCUUCAAUAAAGAGGUGAGAAGUAACUUGAAGGAUAUCUUCACUGGGAAAAAGUCAAUCAAAGAGGAACUCAGCUUUGCCCAGGCUACCAUGCUAACUCGUUCACUUAACGGUAAGCACUCCUUCACAGAAGAUGACGGCCUGUAUCGAACCACCAUAGGAGAGUCCACCGCUUCUAUGAACAGUACUGUCAGGUCAGCCAGGAGCCACAGCAGCAGCCAAGCAAGGGAUGACUCGGGACACAAGUGCACCACCUCGUCCGGCUCCGCUAAAAAGAAUUACCGUGGAGACGGAGACUCUUCCAUUUUCCUCCGCAAGCGCUCCAAACGAGAAGAGUCGGACUCGGACAGCGAGCUGUCCCUGGAUGAGCGAAGCAGUUCCUACGCGUCGUCUUCAGACAGCGAGGAUGACAGAGUCCGCCGGAAACACAGGUGGAACAACGAGAGACAGCCGAAGUUCAGCACACCUCUGGUCGAUGUGGUGGCCAAUCACAUGAAGCCUUACUGGCCGGUGGAACUUCCGACUGCCAGCGAGAGCGAGGAGCCCUGCAGGGUGGAGACACUGCGCGUGGAGACCAAGGUCAACGUGGAGCUACAUGGAGACAACAAGCUGACCAGCGAGUCUCUGUCUGAGAACAGCGGCGGGGGGACAGACCGAGCCCCUCCUAGCUCUCCUGACAGUAACCAGCAACCCGAGAAAAGAAGAGGGAUUCUGAAGAACACGAUAAGCUGCCCUCCUCCUGUAGCCGACAAGAAUAUGAAAAACCGCCUGAGAGAGAAACUGAGUGACUACGACUCCCCCACCAUCUCCCCCUCCACCCCUGUCCCCCCCUCUCCCUCAAACAGAGGCCUGCGUCCAGUCGCCGGGGGGAACGGGGUUCUUAUCAAACUACCCCCUCGUCCCCCAGUGCCUCCCCGCCCCCCGCUGUCCCCCCGACAGCAGCACAAUGGAGUCACCAUGGUGACCACGAUGCUGACAACAACAUUGGUGAACGGGACUGACGAGGGCCACAACUCGGAUUCAGAGUGA